UGUUUGCGCCCAGCUUGCCGACAAUCUUCAGUCUGCUAGGCCCGCGGAGUGAGUUUAAAAUGCUUGGCAUAAGCCGCUCGGCAGACAUGGAUCGGAUGCGAAAGCAGCAGCAACAACAACACCGGAGCGCACAAUUCAUGCUCAGCCCGUCCCCCGCAUCCGCAGGCGGCUCUGACGCUUCGAUUCCCAUAUUCAACGACCCCAACAUCACGCUGGUCGAUGCGGCCGCCAGCAGGCGCAAGGGCGCGGUUCGCAGUACGUCCUGUGCUGGGAUUCAUUUGCGCGUCGAUACGGAAUAUACCAGUGCGUCGUCAUCGAUCCGGUACUGGAUGGCGACGCCUUGCAGCGGCAACACCAAUGGCAACGCCAGCGGUUCCUAGCGACUUUGACUUUGACAUGGAUGUUGAUCCUAGCAGCAAGCCACCAAAUGCAGGCAGCCUUGGAAUAGGCCACUUUUCGGCCCCUCGCAAUGGGUCCGGUCGCCAGGCAUCGCUGUCCGUGCAGCGGCGAUCCUCAGCAGCAGUAUCGGCAGUGGCAAUUGCCGCGGCGGCGUCCAGGCGCAAGAGCGGGUACAGCUCAGUGGUGAAGAACGACCGGCGCAGCUCGAUCCUCGGACGGGUGUCCUUCAACGACUCCCCAGGGCCUAACUUUGCAGUUGACAUAUUCCGCGAGCAGCGACAGAUGCGAGCCGAGGCGGUGCUGCACCCAUGCUGGAAGGAGCGGCGGCAGCGCAGUGACGUUCGAAGUGCAACUGCGCCAAAGGCGCAGAUUUGUGUGAUCCAAUCGUAUUCGGGCUCUGACAUCAUCUGCAUCCUCAUUGCUGAGCGGGGCAGGUUAUUGGGCUCGACGCAUGUGAUUUUGGCGAGGUGUUCCGGCACGCGGCACAAUCUAUUGCGCCAAUGCGCUCGACACGGCGUGAGCUUGAUGAUCUGCUUAUCCUGACCCGACAGGUCGCUUGGGCUGGCCCUUGGCAGUGGUGGCAACAGCGAUCCAGUGCCGCUGGAUCACCUGGCGCACCAGGGCAACAUUGCCACCAUUGAAUACACG